AUGGAUAAUGUUACUGAUAAUAUUAGGUGGGAAAGGGUCCGACAACAACAUCAACAAGUGGGUCUCGGUGAGUCUUGUUCCGGGCCCGGAAAGAGGUGGGGACACACUUGUAACGCCAUUAAAGGCGGUAGCUUUCUCUACGUAUUCGGUGGCUAUGGCAGAGAUAAUUGCCAAACCAAUCAAGUCCAUGUUUUCGACGCAGUGAUGAUCUUUGUUGCAGCAAAGCAGAUAUGGACUCAGCCAAUAAUCAGUGGCACACCUCCUCCUCCUAGGGACAGUCACAGCUGUACAACAGUCGGCGACAACCUUUUCGUGUUUGGUGGCACUGAUGGGAUAAAACCUCUCAAGGAUUUGUACAUUCUAGAUACUUGUAAGCUUUUUUUCUUUGUGUAUUUCAAGCCUUCACUUCAUCCUGUUUCAAGAAGUCAUUCUCAGUUUGGUUUGUUGUUUCCGUUUGUGGUUUCAGCUUCACAUACUUGGAGAUGUCAGAGUGUUAGGGGAGAGGGGCCUGAGGCAAGAGAAGGUCAUAGCGCCACGCUGGUUGGUAAACGGCUUUUCGUAUUUGGUGGCUGUGGGAAAUCUUCUGAUGUUAAUGACGAAAUCUAUUAUAAUGACCUUUACAUACUUAAUACAGAGACUUAUGUGUGGAAACGUGCCGUUACGUUUGGGAAUCCUCCAUCUGCGCGAGAUAGCCACACUUGUUCGUCGUGGAAGAACAAAAUCGUCGUUAUAGGUGGUGAAGAUGGACAUGACUAUUAUCUGUCCGAUGUUCAUAUCCUUGAUACAGAUACAUUCAUGUGGAAGGAGCUGAAUACUUCAGGCCAGUUGUUGACACCUCGAGCUGGUCACGUUACUGUUUCACUUGGGAGGAACUUAUAUGUGUUUGGAGGGUUUACGGAUGCUCAGAAUCUUUACGAUGAUCUCUAUGUGCUUGAUGUCGAUACGUGUGUGUGGUCAAAGGUUCUCACCAUAGGAGAAGGGCCAUCUGCCAGGUUCUCUUCUGCAGGGGCUUGUUUAGAUCCUCACAAAGCUGGAUUUCUCGUCAUCGUUGGUGGCUGCAAUAGGAAUCUCGAGGCACUGGAUGACAUGUUCUACUUACACACAGGACUUGGAUAUGAUGCAAGGUUUGAUCAGAAUUUAGGGAAGAUGUCUCUAAAGAAGCAACUGAAAUUAAAGUGCCAAGAACAAAGUCAAGCAAGUUCCUUAUACGAUAAUUCUCUUGUCAGAAUCAAUAUGGAUCAUCAAGGGAUAGAGAGUUUCGGUUUGAACACUGGCCAAUUUGAGCAAGGGAAGAUGAUGUUUCAAGCCAGGUUAACCGAGAGUUUCCCUGUUGGUUACAGUAUAGAAACAAUGAUAGAUGGAAAAGUGCUUCGUGGCGUUUUGUUUUCAACCAAGCACAACUCCGUUCUGGCGACUGAUCAAAGCUUUAGUAGGCGAGUGGUUCAAUUAGUUUCUUCUUUUCAGAGGCCAGCUAUGUCGAACGGCGAUGAAGAUAACAGAUCAAAGAUGUCAAGAACUUGGAGCAAUCAUCAAGCUGAUGCUACUGAAGCCAAAUGUACUCCAUCAAACGGCGUGGAUGUUAAUGUAAACACAGCAGCAGCAGUGGUACCACACCAAACAGAAACUGCUAUCGUUACAUCUGAUGUAACUCAGCUCGAUAUGGUCACUGUGGAUACAGCUCCAUCUUCAGUUGCUCAGACAGAUGAAUCGUCUUUAGAAUCUAGAAAUGCGAUAUCGAUUGAUGUUGGAGCUACUAAGACCGGACCUGGAGAGUCAUAG